ACUGUGACGUGCCGAAAGGGAAUCAAUGUUGUUAUAUUUGAAGAAACACUGAAUUUACGUAUAGCUGCCUUCAUUGGUAAAUAACUCAAUCUAUGUUAUUGUUAAUAUUGUUGAAGUGUGUUUCUGUUAUUUUUUCUGUGAAAUAUUUGUUCGUUUUAAGGUCAGACAAUCUCAUUUUAAUCUCAGGGAAAUUUCACAUAAACUUUAGUUUGAGCGCACAUAGUCAUGAGAUGUCCAGAGGAUCCGCGUCCCAAAAUUUGAAACACACAUGCGCAUGUCCUCCCUCUGUGAUUGGCAUACUGCCGCGCUUCUAUUUCUCCAUAUCAUGACAUCUGUUUGUGGAGUAGAGAGCUGAGCAGCUGAGGUGAUGUGAAACGAACCCAAACCUGAAAAACAAAAGACUCUCACAACAGCAGAAAUUGAAGUCGUCGGAGGUGGAAGACACAAAAUAAACUCGUUUCUGUAGCGUGUCCUCCGGAGUGACGAUGUUUAAAUCCGGCGUCUUUCCAAAUCCACUUGGCGACUUUUUUUGUCAGAAGUCUGGUGUUAAUGGAGACUUUUAUGGUGUUUUGGAGACUCACACGUGAAAGCAAGUAUCGUUCUGCAGUUACUGUCAUCAGCGAGAAGCGGGUUCGGUCCAGAAGUGGACGCACAGGCGGUCCGUCUGACAGCGGCGUACUCACAGUUAAUAAAUGAGGUUGUGUAUGUGUGUGUUUCACCUCACGCUCAGUGAGCUAAACAUGAGUUCAGUCCAGGUUCAGUCCUCCCCCACCUUCACCACUAGCCCCACAUUUACAUUAUAUAAGUUACACACAUCACACAUCUCUUAUUAAAAACAGACUGUCCAGCAUAGAUCUGUCUGUCACACAGUAACAUUGAUCUGGGUUGAUCAGCUGUUCAAUGUAGGUCUUCAGGCUGUUUGAUAAAACUUUAGAGAUUAUCUUGUAGUCUGUGCAUUAAAGGGCCACUGGUCUAAAGUUCUUUAAAAUUACAAGUUCUCCCUUCUUAGGCAGCAGAGAGACAGAUUACUGCGCGCCCACAGAAAGUAGGAAGUGCCUAAGUGAGAUUCUGGUUCUGUGGUUGUUUCUCCGUCCGGGAGCCGCAAAGACAACUCAGAUUUGUGAGCUGUUUUGCAUCCUGCCUGUUUUGUGUGACUGUGCGACACAGCCGUGGUCAGUUCCUCUAAGUCAGUUCCUGACCACAGCCACGGCUGUCAUAAGUCAAAGUUGUCUCUGCGGCUCCCGGACGGAGUCUACGGCUUAAGUAGUGAUGGCGAGAUGAAGCUUCAUGAAGCAUUGAAGCUUUCCAUCCAAUUGGUUCGCUCAAGGGCCGAAGCUUCAUGAUGCUUAAUUUGGUCUACUGCGCCAUCAAGUGGACAUUAAAUGUAAAUGUAAUUAUAAUGAAACCAUGGCUUUGUUGUGUGAAGCUUUGACUUUAAUACAUGAAUGAAUGAUGUUUGUGAUGCCAAUGAAUGAAUUAUGAAGUUAUUAAUAUGGUGUCUGUCUUUAUGAUACAAUGGCGGGGUCAAAAGGGAAAUUGGAAAUAAAUUGGUGACAGGGUUGUGAUGUGAAUGUGCUUGUGUUACUUGGUUUGUGACUGUGCUUAUGUGUGUGGGGACAAAAUGUAACACGCACAAUAGUUAGUAGAUUUUAUUUGGACAUGGACAUGACAAUGUCAUUGGACGAACCAGAUGCAUUGUUUACAGUGUAUUAGCAUAAAUGCUAGUUUACAACACCUGUCCACAGGAGGCUUUUUGAAAACAACAAAAGAAACUGAACAAGACAGAAACAAGAUCAAAUACUGAUAAAAAACUGAUAGUGAUAAUUAAAAAGAGUAAAAAUGCAGUAUACAGUAGAGUACAGAGCAGCAAUAUAAUGAGUUGAAUAUAUAUAUAUAGGCUACGUAGAGAACAAAGGCAGCAUGAUCAAACAAUAACCAGUUGUAAAUUAUUUGUGUGAGCACUGUUGAUUUGAUUUGAGCCGUUGUUUUAGUUCUCUGUUAAAAGUGUUGCUGUUAGUCUCUAGUUUUAGACUAGUGGGCAAGAGGUUCCAUAGUUUUGCCCCCUUUGCAGAGAAGACAGACUGACCGAAAGAUGUCCUGUGCAUGGGAACAAGACAAUCACCAUUGAUGGAGGCUCGUGUAUUUGCCCGACGAGAGCUCUGACAUCUGAUGGCCAAUUCAGAAAACAGUGGUGACACAUGGUUAUUUACACACUUGAAAAACAAUUGAAGAUGACUAAAAUUAAUAAAGUUAUCAAAGGUGAAAAGGUUGAAUAGGGGAAACAGUUUAGUUAUUUUUACAGCUUUUCAACAGUGCUGUGUUUUUUAAAUAAUUUCGCCUGCUUUAGAAAAGAUCGUUUCUCAGGACACAGAUGAAGCUGGGGUACAAAGAAAAGAUACCGCAAGUUUGUACAAGUUAGCUUCUCUUUUAAUAAAAAAAAUCCUGCUUUGGAGCAUUUCUCAAACUUGCUCUCAUGUAUAUGAUUUUAAAUCAACUUCAUCUCCUGCACAUCACAGGAAGCAUCACAACUGUUUCACACCAGCACAACCUGGUUUUUGGAGGAAACUUCGUUUGUAUUUUUCUUUAACAUAUCAGAGCUUAACACGUUGGAUUUAACUCUCACCAGGGAGGGAUUUUGUGUUUAUUUAUUUAUUAUAGGUCAUAUAUUCUGAAAUUCUUACUUUUGAAGUGACUCAUUUGUUUUAAGUCUUCCUCUCUGUUACUCGUGUUGUUGUAAAUAUUUGAAGAUUCACUGUGCACACAUGUAAGAAUGUCUUUAGUUGCCCACAUUGAGUUAAAUGUAAGUGAACCACUGAGGUCACCAGUUAACGAUUAUGUUCAGAUUUUCUCACCUUUUUCAGUCAUGAGAUCAAUACAUGUUAAAGUUGUUGCUUUGAAUCAGUGUUUCCUUCACUUUAGUUUCCGGCUCAACCCCAGCAAAUAGCUGACAUGCGUAGGUGUUUAGGCUUUUCGUAAAAUGAGAUCCACCUGCGGUGAAGACCUCAGUUUCAGUUCUUUGAGGACCAAAAACAUAAUUUUUGCGUGACAUAGUGCAGAAAGUUGUUAAAUGGAGACAGAACGCUCGUUUGGGACCUCACUUUCUCCGCCGGCAGUGUUCAGAGCAGAGGGAGCAAACGUGAAUUCAGAGACUGAUCCCAGUCUCUGUCAGUGUUUUUCCUCUCAGACUGAAGAUGAGUAGUUAUAAGGAGGAAGAGGAGGACAGAGCAGAGUCUCCAGUGUUCAGCUGUGAGUCUCUGAAGAGUGACUGGUCCAUGGAACCUCCUCUACUCUUCAGUAAUGAACCUGGACCCUCACACACAAAAGGUCAGGACCACAGACUGAGAGCAGGGUCUCCAGUGUUCAGCUGUGUGUCUCUGAAGAGUGACUGGUCCAGAAGAGAGAAUCCAAACUUCAGUAAUGAACCUGGACCCUCACACACAGAAGCGAGGAAGAGGAGUCAAGUUUCUGAGGAGGAGCAGUCGUUCUGCUGUGCUUCGUGUCAAGACGUCCUGAAGGAUCCAGUCUCCACCAGCUGUGGACACUGGUUCUGCAGACAGUGCAUCACCCCAUACUGGGACCAGUCUGGUUCUUCAGGAGAUUCCUCCUGUCCCCAGUGUGGACAAAGAUCAAUAACAGGUGCUAGAACUCAGACAGCCGAUCGUGGUCUACAGGAGGUUUCAGAUGAACAUAAGCUCAGUGUGAGGAGGACAUGUGAACAUGUGACUGAAGGAGCUGAUGAAACAGGAAGUAGAACCCUCCUCAACAGGAUCUACACUGAGCUCUACAUCACAGUGGGACAGAGUGAAGAGGUUAAUACUCAACAUGAGGUGAGGCAGCUUGAGACGGCUUCCAAGAGGAAGAUCCUCCACGACACUCCCAUCAAUGUCCACGACAUCUUUAAAGCCUCCACUGACCAGCAGAGCAGCAUCAGAGUCGUCCUGACCAACGGAGUCGCUGGCGUUGGAAAAACCUUCUCGGUGCAGAAGUUCACUCUGGACUGGGCAGAGGGUUUAGAAAACCAGGAUGUGGGUCUGCUGGCUGUGCUUUCGUUCAGGGAGCUGAACCUGGUGAAGGACCAGCAGCACAGUCUUCUCACGCUGCUCCAUGUUUUCCAUCCAACGUUACAGAAGCUCACAGCAGAGACGCUCGCUGUCUGUAAACCUUUGUUCAUCUUUGACGGCCUGGAUGAAAGCAGACUUUCUCUGGACUUCAACCACAGGGAGCUUGUGUCUGAUGUCACACAGAGGUCAUCAGUCAACGUGCUGCUGACAAACCUCAUCCAGGGGAAUCUGCUUCCCUCGGCUCUCGUCUGGAUAACCUCCAGACCUGCGGCAGCCAAUCAGAUCCCUCCUUCAUGUGUUGACAGGGUCACAGAAGUACGAGGCUUCACUGAGGCCCAGAAGGAGGAGUACUUCAGGAGGAGAUUCAGUGAUGAAGAGCUGUGCAGCAGAAUCAUCUCACACAUCAAGAUGUCAAGGAGCCUCCACAUCAUGUGUCAAAUCCCAGUCUUCUGCUGGAUCAGUGCAACAGUUCUGGAGCACAUGUUGACCACAGACCAGAGAGGAGAGCUGCCCAAGACCCUGACUGACCUGUACUCACACUUCCUGCUGGUUCAGACAAAGAGGAAGAACAAGAAGUACGGUGAGGGACAUGAGACGACUCCACAGCAGCUGACUGAGGCUGACAGGGACGUUCUUCUGAAGCUGGGGAGGCUGGCGUUUAAACAUCUGAGGAAAGGAAACAUCAUGUUCUACCAAGAAGACCUGGAGCAGUGUGGUCUUAAUGUCACAGAGGCCUCGGUGUACUCAGGAGUUUGUACUGAGAUCUUCAGAAGAGAGUGUGUGAUCUUCCAGAAAUCAGUCUACUGCUUUGUUCAUCUGAGCGUUCAGGAGUUUCUGGCUGCAGUCUACAUGUUCCACUGUAACACACACACAGAAGAAGUCAACAACUUCAUGGGAACAAAUGGGAACACAGACAGUACCUCCUCCUUGGAUGACCUCCUGAAGAGAACCAUGGAGAAAUCCCUCACCUGUACAAAUGGUCAUCUGGACCUGUUUGUUCGCUUCCUUCACGGCCUCAGUCUGGAGUCCAACCAGAGAGUCUUAGGAGGCCUGCUGGGUCAGACAGAGAACAAUCCAAAGAUCAUCCAGAGAGUCAUCAACAACCUGAAGGAGAUGGAGAGUGAUGACAUUUCUCCUGACAGAAGCAUCAACAUCUUCCACUGUCUGACUGAGAUGAACGACCACUCAGUUCAUCAGCAGAUGCAACAGUUCCUGACGUCAGAGAACAAAUCAAUGAAGAAACUCUCUGAGAUCCACUGCUCAGCUCUGGCCUACAUGCUGCAGAUGUCAGAGGAGGUUCUGGAUGAGUUGGACCUGAAGAAGUUCAACACAUCAGAACAAGGUCGACUGAGACUGAUCCCAGCUGUGAGGAACUGCAGGAAGGCUCUACUCAUUGGUUGUGGACUCUCAGAGACUCACUGUGAAGUCGUGGCCUCAGCUCUGAAGUCAGACCCCUCUCAUCUGAGAGAACUGGAUCUGAGAGGAAACAAGCUGCAGGAUUCAGGAGUGAAGCUGCUGUGUUCUGGACUGGAGAGUCCAAACUGUCGACUGGAGACUCUGAGGUUGUGGGACUGCAGUCUGUCAGAGAUCAGCUGUUCUUCUCUGGCUUCAGCUCUGAUGUCAAACCCCUCUCAUCUGAGAGAACUGGUUCUGAGUGACAACGACCUGCUGGACUCAGGAGUGAAGGUGCUUCUUGAUCUAAAGCAGAGUCCAACCUGUCGACUGGAGACUCUGAGAUGGAGGGAGUGGUCUUUGUCCAGAGACUGAAGCAGCAGCAGCUUGUGUGUAGAGCGGCUCUGACUGGGCCUUGUUGCUGGGAGGCAGAGUGGAGACAGAGCUCCAGAGGAAUCAGAGGAUGUGCACUGCUCUGAGAUCAGCUCCACCGUCACACUGUGUCCAGUCCACCAUCCUAUAACCACAUUCUGUGUAUCUGAUUGUUUAUGAGUUUAAAGUUCCUGGAUUCACAUCACAAAUUGAUUUUAGUUCUACACAUUUAAAUCCCUUUGAGUGUAGGAGCCGUUAAUGAGUAACAUUAAUAAGUUAAAGAAAGAUAUUAUUAUUAUUUGUUUGUUAUGAUUUAAGAUGUAAUGGGUUUGUAUUUUGGGGAUAUUAUUUGGUUAAUUUGUUGUUUAAUGUUUACUUCCUAUCCUAUUAAUUUGGAAAUUGGUCAUAAGGAUAGGGGCGGGAGUAAUACUUGACUUAAGCACCAUUUCACCUGUUCAGGAAGAAAACAGUGUGAGCGGGGACGCUGUAUUAUUUGUUGAUGUGCUAUUUUCCAUUUGAUCGAUUUAAUCCUUGAGUUUGAAAAUCAAGUGGAUCUUCUUUUUUCUUCAAUAAAAGUUUAAACACA